CUAUAAAAGCCAGAGACGAAGCCACCAGGCAGAGGGGCUGAGACAAACUGGGACACAGACCACUCUCAGGCUACAGCUGCCAUCCUCACUCACCCUCCAGCAUGAAGGCCUCUGCAGCCCUCCUGUGCCUGCUGCUCACAGCUGCCACCCUCACCACCCAGGUGCCUGCCCAGACAGAUCAAAUGAGUAGAAACACCUGCUGCUAUUCAUUCAACACAAGGAAGAUACCCAAGAAGAUGCUGGAUAACUACAGAAUCACCAGCGGCCAGUGUCCCAUGGGAGCUGUGGUAUUCAAGACCAAACGGGGCAAGGAGAUCUGUGCUAACCCCAGGCAUUAUUGGGUCAUGGAUUCCAUAAAGCACCUGAACAAGAAAACCCAAACUCUGAAGCCUUGACCUCUCACUCCUGCACUGAACUCAAGCCCAGAACUGAGAAACAACUAAUUUAGGGUCUCCCUGGUGGCUCAGAGGUGAAGUCUCAGUGCUAUCAAGCUAAGGCAGCAGAUCUUUCUUGCCUUGCCUGCUUCUCCCCUCCGCAGUGUAUUUCAGUAUAUCCACCUCUUUUGCUCCCCACUCUGUCUCUGGUGAAUCCUCUCACCUCCCUCCCCACUUCUGGCCUACACCCCGGUUCUUAUAUGCAUAGACUA